AUGGUGGCCGGCGUUCCGAAAGUCGCGAGUUGGGUGUCUGCUCGGUCUUGGGGGGCGCGGGGGGGAGGGGAUCACGGAUCAGGUGAGGUUGGGGUGCAGAGUGAGCCGGGAAGUCCCAGUCCUUUUGCAGUUCCCAGCUCUCCGGAGCGGGCGGAACUCCGGGAGGCGCGGGCAGCGAGAGAAAGAAAGCGGGCGAGCAGGGAGCCACUCACCGAGGCAGACGGAGCGCGGCGGCCCUUUGUCUGCGGCCGCGGCGCCGGCGCUCUCCGCCCGGUUGCACCAGCCCUGGCGCGGCCGAGCUCCCGCCGGCUCCCCGACAGUCCGGCUCGGGCUCGGGCCCGGCCCCCGCCCGCACUGCCCCCGCCGCUGCUCCGCCCCCAGCCCCGCCCCUGCCCCGGCCCGCGGGCCCCCACCUGCUGCGGCGGGGACAGCUGGAGCCCCAGCAACCGCACCGGGGACCAUCCAGCUGGGACCCAGACCCGGAGGCGGCCUCUCGUGAGCAGCCGGGUUUCUGCACCUCCUGCGUGGACGUCCGGUCCCGGGGCAGCCUGGGCUUCCCGCUGGGCACCUGCUCUUCAGAGCUCCUGUCGCACUAGCAGCUGGGUCCUCACUCCUGCAAGGGUUGGAGGUUCCCUCAAAGCCCGGUCCUUGAAGAAGGGUUGUCGGGAUGUGGAGCUCUCCCUGAGCCCCGGCCGGAGCUUAGUCUUUGCUUCGGGACGGAAGAAAAAGAGGCCUCAAGAUGCUCGUUUCAUGCAAGAGAGACAGAAGGGCAAAUAUCCCCCCCGAAGUAAAUCCAUGUAUCAGCUGAGGGUCUGGCGAGUGGGCACCGCAAGUGUGACCCAAGACAACUGGAAGUCUGGGGGUCUCCCUUCUGUGUGUUUUAGCUCAGAGUCUGGGGUCUGGAAACGGCUCCUAACGACUGUGUGCUUGUCCAUAGGAGGUUCCUGAAGAACUAACCGGAGGAGGCAUGUGUUAAUAGCUGAGAGUAACGGCCGGGACGAAGGAGCCAUUCUGUCCUGUGCCCCACUGCCUGUGUCUGAACACAACAGCUACCUCAGUGGCUAGCCAGAGCACCCACCACUGUGUAGCCCUGGAGGUUACGGGACCAGGCUGCUCUUGAAAUGCCUUUGUUCUAUGGCAGAGAUGAAAUCCAAGCUGCAGGUGCAGACCUGGAGACCAGAGGCAAGUGGAUCUUUGGGUUGCGUGGUUUUAACUGUGGGCUGGCGAUCUGAAGACUUUGCAUUCGUCAUAAUUACCUAGGAAACGUUCAUGCUCACGACGACAGAGUGACUACAGUGGCCCACUUAAGGAAUGUCUCUCUGCUGUACCCUGCCUUCCCUCCUGUUACUAUAAACUGUCUUUGCUCUAGGCUGCGGUUGUGAAUCAGAGGUAAAGAGCAAGCUUGGGAUGCAGGGUCCAAUCUCUCACAAUCUCUAAUAGUUUGUUAAUUCACCAAUAAACAAACACAACUGUCCCCUGCUGUAUCAGAAUCGAAUGGCCCUUGUGGACAUGGUCCCAUUUCCUCAUUCCCUCAAGAACAUCUUUCUUCAAAAAUUCUUCUCUCCCCUCUACCCAUUUUCCUCAUGACAGGAUUAUUCACCGCAGCCUUCAAAACUGGUUUAAGGGCCUUCAAGAUGGCUCAGCAGAUAGAGGGAUUGCUGCCAAAGCCUAGUAACCAGCAUUUGAUACCCAGGAUUGACACAGUAAGAGAGAACAGACUCUAGGAAGUUGUUCUCUGACCUUUCACCCAUGCUCUUCUUCCUCCAAACAAUAAAUGUAAUGAAGAAUUGUAAUGGUUUAUUUAUCGAUGGCCUUUCCAAAGUAAAUCUAGAACUAGGCAUGAUCCCAGGAGGAGGGAGGCAGAGGCAGAGAGAUCAAGAGUUCGAGGCCAUUGGUUACAAAGGAAUUGGGGGAGGAGUGUGACUACAAGAAACCCUGUCUAAAAAGAAAAAUAAAUAUCAAAUCCAAAGCAAAACAAAAAAUACCCUCGGACCUUUCGCUAGCCUUUUCUCGUCUCUUAUUGGUCCUUCACAAUAAAAUCUGGCAAAACAAAGUUUCUACGCUCUCUGUCUAACCCACUCCUGUCACCUGGGUAAAGGACAGCCAGUAGCCUCUGUGUCUUUAAAGCUAGUGAUCUGUUCUCCAGCUUUAAGUGUAAUUCAUCUUUCCUUUCUUCUUAAAGUAUUUUCUCGUUUCUCCCAGCGUUCUUCUGAUUUGAUUCAGUCUCACUGGCUUUUCAGGGAACAGUAAAUGCCAGCUACUUAUCCCAACAGACAGCAUACAAAAUAAAAAGCGCUGAAGGCAUUGCCAGGAAACU